AUGUCUGACGUUCCGGAUCUUAGCAGUGAUGAAGAUUACGACGAAGAGGAAUGGCAGGAAAUGGACGCUAAUAACCAGUCAGUAACAUGUUUGUUUUGCACAUCUGUUCUGCCUACAAUAGAAGAAUGUGUCUCACACUGUGAAAAAGACCAUAACUUUAACCUGAGCGCCCUAAAAUCAAAGUUUAACAUGGAUUGCUAUUCUUAUAUAAAGUUAAUAAAUUAUAUUAAAACACAUAAACCAAAAGCAGAAGAAAUAAUGAGUUCUAGUACAGCUCAAUGGAGUGACGAAAAGUAUUUAAAGCCUGUUGAUAACGAUGAAUGGUUAAUGUUUGAUUUUGAAUCAUUACCUGAAAAUGUUAGCCCUCCUAAAUCUUACCACGCGAAUGUAGAAAAUGGAUUAGUUACAUUAUCACAAGCACAUUUUCUUGAGCUUCAGAGGACAAUACAAAAUUUAACCGAGCAACUCAAGGAGUCACAGACUCAUCUUCAGAUGGCUAGGGAAGAUAUGCAUAAGAUGCAAAGUUCAAUGAAAACAAUUGUGGAAGGAAAUGCCGAUGCCGCGUGUAAUGACAGUUCAAUGAUUAUUGAUUGUGUUUCCAAAGUACCAUUAGAAUGCGAUGAGGGAUAUUUCAGUAGUUAUGCUCAUUUUGGUAUUCAUUAUGAUAUGCUCUCUGACAAAGUUCGCACUGAAAGCUAUAAAAAUGCUAUACUUCUCAACAAAGAUACUUUCAAAGAUAAAAUAGUCCUUGACUUAGGCUGUGGAACUGGUAUUCUAUCUAUGUUUUGUGCAACAGCCGAAUCUAGGAUAGUAUAUGCUUUAGAUCAAUCAGAAGUCAUUUACCAUGCCAUGGAUAUUAUAAGAGAAAACAACUUUACAAAUAAAAUAAAAACUAUUAAAGGUAGACUUGAAAAUACAAAACUGGAUGAAAAAGUAGACAUUAUUGUUUCGGAAUGGAUGGGCUACUUUCUACUAUUUGAAGGGAUGUUAGAUAGUGUUAUAUAUGCUAGAGAUAACUGUUUAAAUCCUGGUGGUAUUUUAUUACCUAAUCGGUGUAAUAUAAGUUUGGUUGCAAAUGGAGAUAUUGAUACACACAAGAAACUUAUUAACUUUUGGUCAGAUGUUUAUGGAUAUAAAAUGAACUGUAUGAAAUCGGAAGUAGUUAGAGAAGCUAGUGUUGAAGUGGUUGCAUCAAAACACAUUAUUUCUGAGCCGUGCAUUGUAAAAGAUAUUGAUCUGAACACAUGUAAUACUAACAUAGUAGACUUCACAUCACCAUUUAAACUAUGUGUCACACAAGAUGGGUUUGUUACAUCGCUCGUUGGUUAUUUUGACACAUUUUUUGACUUACCAACUCCAGUGACCUUUUCAACUGGUCCUCAUACUGUACCAACCCAUUGGAAACAAACUAUAUUUUACUUUAAGGAUUGCAAGGAAGUGAGGAAGGGAGAUUUUAUAGAAGGCACAAUCACUUGUAGUCGGUUAAAAACUGAUGUGAGAGGACUUUCAGUGCAAAUAAAUGUGUUUGGUAAAACUCAUAAGUAUAUUCUCAGUUAA